GGCUCCAGUUUCUAGAGGUGGGGGGGCAGUGGUGACGCCAUGGAAUGGGAAUGUGAAAAGUGCACGCUGCGCAAUGAACCAGAUGCUUUGAAAUGCACAUUGUGCGAGGCAGACCGGCCAGAGCACUUUCCGAGCGGAGGGAGCCUUGAUACACCCCAGACCCCACAGACUCCGGGCAUAUUUUUGCCGCCAACAGCCGGAAGAGGGACUGCAGGAUCUACGCUUUUGCCUCCGCAGGGUACUCAGAACUUUGGGUCUGGCACACUGCCACCACAAGGCACUCUGAGUCCAAAUGCCAUGGCUGAUUUGAUGCCUUCACCGCCAAGCCGUCAACGAGCUCCUCACAGUCCAGAAGCUGAAAUGCCUUUCGGAGAGGGAUUGCAAAGCUAUGGCCAGAUGAGUCCGGCAGAUUCCAGUGUUGGAAAGAAACCAAAAAAGGCCAAAAAGGCAAAGGAUUCAAAGGCUUUGCCAGACAACACUGUUAAGAAUGAGCUUGCUUCACAAGAUUUGCAGCAAGACCUUGGUCGACAAGUCUUACCUGAUUUCAUCCAGAAAGAGGAGCAUAUCCCUACGUACUUCCCUAUAGGUGCCAGCCCGGGACCCAUGCAAGGCAGUCUGACAGGAAGCAAGGUCCUACUGCGUAUUCUGCGCGCCUACGAUCUUAGAAAUACUGACCUUGGCAUUUUGCCCAGCGAUGCUUCGGAUCCAUUUGCCAUAGCAAGAAUUGGAUCGAAAGAUGUCAAAACCCAUGUAGUCGAAAACAGCUUGAAUCCCGUGUGGGAUUCGCAAUUGUUUGCCUUCCAAUUGGCAGAGGAUGUGGACCCUGUGCUGAAGUUGGAGGUGUUCAGCUCCAAUCACUGGCAUGCAAACGACAGCUUGGGCCAGCUUGACGUCCCCAUAAGGAGCCUUGUCCCGGGUGAAGUUCACACAGUGACUUCGAUGCUGCAUGAAGAAGUUCCUCGCGAGGACGGUAAGCGCGCUCGAAUUCAAAUUGAAGUUCAGCUGCUGUGCGACGACCGGUAUGGGCCUCCACGUCAGCAGCCGUUUGCCAAGAAGCCUUUCCAACAAUUCGCCCUCACAGAGAAAAAGAAGAAGGAAAAUAUGGUGCCAUUGCCAUCCUUUAAAGGUUUGGGCCCGGAAGCUGUUGCACGCCCUGCUGAACAACUAAAGCUGGCCGAGGUUGGCGAGGCACGUCGUGUCAACGAGUAUGAAUCUUUGGCCUGCCACCUCGGACAAUAUGAUUAUUCAGGGCCGCCUCCAUACUACCCACGACAGGAAAUCAUCGACAAAAGGCAGUGGAAAGACGAUCCCUUCUCAGAAUGGCGGCGAGAUCUCAACCGAGCGGAGCGCAAAGCAACAGCCCAAGAGGUGAACGAUGCGUGGAAGAAUGACCCAUUCCAUUGGAUGCGUCCAAGCCAGGGAAAUGGAACUGAGGGGAACAUUGAACUUCUUCAGGAAGCCCAGGUUGCUCGACAUCUCAUGUCGUUGCCAUCAUUCUCUGAAGUCCCUGUGCGAAGGUUCAACGACCAUCGGGAGUAUGUUCAGAGUGCAAAUCAACAUGUUGCACAUGGCUACCAGCAUCCGGAGAUUCGUGGUAGAGAGGACAUUACGUCCGGGCUUGACCAGUGGAAGGAUGAUGCUUUCUUCGGCUGGUUGCCCGGACGAGGAGACCAGAUGGCAGAGACCAAGUUGCGGCGCCCGCUUCAGCAAGCCCGUUUGGCUCGCUUGCCUUCGUUUGCUGAAGGCUCCAAGGAGCUUGCAGGAGUGACAGGCAGAGGCAUUGGUGUCCUGACACUGUGGGUCAAUGGAGCAGCACAGUUAGCAUACAGUGUUGGUUCCGGUUUGCACGGAACGCCAAGUCCAGCCGUAAAGGUUCCACUCAGAAGUGAUCAAGGCACUUCAAGAGCACCACAAGAAAAACUCACGGCGACAAUUCCCAAGGAUAGCAAUCCCAAGUGGAACUCGCCACCAAUGACGUUUGAAAUCAACUCGCUCAUGGAUGUGUUGGAGCUUAACGUGCUGGAUUGGGCAAAUCCACGGGGAGAAGAGCAUCUUUCUCAACAUUUCUUGGGGCGCACCCAGAUGCAGAUCCAAAGAAUAGUUGAAGCUUUGCACAGAGCCAAGAAUCCAACGAAACGGUUGCCGUUCCGUGAGCCUUUGGACGGAUCUCCAAACCAAGCCUUGAUUGACUUCGAUUGCCUCUACGAGUCGUACGACACAGAGGUCCAAUCGCCCGCUUGGCGGCAAGCAGAGCCAGGUCAGCUUAGCUGGCAGUCUUUGCCAAAGAGCCGAUACAAUUCACAGAGCCGCGACCGAGAUGGACGCGAGGGCCAUGGAAUUCUCUCUGUGCGUGUCAUUGCCGCGUACAACUUGAUCAAUACUGACACUGGCUUUUUUGGGGACGUCUCAGAUCCCUAUGUAACUAUACGCUUGGAGAGCCAAAGCGAGAAGCAGCAAAAGCGCACACACACAAUCAACAACGACUUGAACCCCAGAUGGAACACAUCGCCUUUUCUUUUUCCAAUCGAGAUGGCCGAGGAUCAGCUACUCCUGGAAGUUUGGGAUGAAGACAUGAUGCAGUCAUCAGACUUUCUCGGUCGGAUGAAAAUACCGCUGUACAAGAUUGUUCAUGGGCGAGCCAACCAACCCAUUCUAGUGCGAGACCAGUUGCAGGAUAUUCAAUCGGGCGAGUUGGAAGUUGAGAUUGGUUUCUCUCCGGGCUAAGUUCAUUUCGGGCUGUUUCUGCAGCAGCAGCCAAUGCACACCAUGCCUUCGCUGUACAUAUCAGCAUGUUGGCGUUGGGGCGAAUAACAAGUUUCGACCCAGCUUGAGGAAUGAACAAAGAAACUUCGCGCCUAAUUAAAUGCCCGG